GCUAAAAGGAAGACUAGGUUUCUGCUGAGGGAGACAUAGGAAGGCAUUGUCUAUGUUCAGACUUUAAAGAUGAGCGUCUGCCUGCUGAUGAUCUUGUUAUCUCACGCUGUGGGUAAAGGGACAAUGCCAUUCAUAGUGACUCAGUGGCCAACAGUGGCUGAGGUGAUGGCUGGAGAAGAUGUCAUUUUAAAGUGUAACAUUGUGGAGUUGUACUCGCCGUGUUCCACAGUGGUUUGGCUGAGACUCAUUCCUGAGAAUGCAACUAUCAGUCUCACAGACAGAGUUCAAAUUGAUCUGCAUCACUCGUCCACCAAAUGGACCAAUAUUUGCACUGCAGUUAUCACCAGUUCAACAGUGCAGGACUCUGGUAUGUAUUACUGUGCAACUGUGCGGGGCCGCUUUGCUCAUUUUGGCAAUGGAUCAAGAGUCAUUGUGAAAGAACACACUGUGUUUCCUUUUAUCGAGAUUCUUUCACCACUGAUCCAGAGCAGUCAUUUAGUUCCACUUCAGUGUGUUGUGACCAGGGUCGAGUCUUCUCAAGUGCACAUGUUCUGGGUUAUAGAAGGGAGGAAAGAGAAAGCACAGUCCAUGUGGAUACACAGGCAUGACGGUGCCAUACCGCUCACCAGGAGCCAAAUCCUGCUAACUGCUGAGGAGUGGGAAAGGGAGGUACGGUGUGAUUGCAUGGUGGAGUUUGCAGGACAGCGUUACAUCAAGACACUUCAGCGACAUGGUGAAAUACAUCAAACUUGUGUCAUGCUGUAAAAUACAUAUAUAUAUCUCUCUGCUUCAUUUUUGGUCUCUUGCUUGUGAUAAUAGUGGCUGCCUACAAACAGAGCUGAAAAACUCAUCCGAUGUAUUGUGCAUGAAAAAACUAGUUUCAAAAAUCUGUCAUCUAUAUUUAGCUUUGAUCAAUAACUUGGCUUUUUUUGGUAAUUCACUUUGUAUUGCUGUACAUAGGAGAAAAGAUGAGAGCACUUAAGUGUAUUUACUGAUAUUUUUAGACAUUCUAUAUUUGAAAUGUUAAUUAAUAUAAAAGACUUCUAUUUGUUUGCAAACAGUGAUUAUUCCACAUUAACAUUUUGCAUUUGCAAGAAACUGAAUCAAAAGGUCACCAAUUACCUGCUUGCUUAUAU